CGUUUCGUCUCUCCCAGCAGAGCGACGCAUAAGCCGCCAUUUUAGCUGCGGUGGGGUGCACACAAUUGACAAGAAACGCAGUGUUUAAAGUUACAUUUCUAUCAUAAUCACGUAGUAUAUGCGAUCACAAGAGGAGGCAAAACGAGUUCUCUGAAAGUAUACGCCAAACAGAGAAAGGGGCGGAAGAUGGCGGUCGACAGGCGAGACGAGAAAGAUGGAGAACUGAACGUCCUAGAUGACAUCCUGACUGAAGCACCCGACCAAGACGAUGAGCUCUACAAUCCUGAGAGUGAGCAUGACGUCAAUGAGAAAAAAGGGUCCAAGAGGAAGAGCGAUCGAGGGGAUAACCUGGAGAGCAAGAGGCUGCGGUCUACGGGGCACACCACGCGACAGGCCAUCAAAAGGUCCGCGCCCUCCGGCGGGGCCAACGGCAAGAAGCUGGUGAACACGAGGAGCAGGCACUCCAGCGAGUACAAGGGCGACGACUACCACUACGACCGGAGCGAGGACCGGAAGAACCACAGCGUGCGUGGGGGAGGCUCGAGGGGGGACCCCCCCAAAUCGCACAGCGAGAAGCCCCUGACCCGCAGGAGAGAGCCCGACAGGAGGCCCAAGCCGCUCAUGCCCGAGCUGUCUGAGAAGCUUCGGCGCACCAGCGAGGAGAGCGUGGGCCGGAUCAGCCACUCCUCCAAGGAGGAGCACAACUCGGAGGAGUACGCCUCCGAGCAGGAGAGCGGGAGCUCCGCCGAGUCCUCCGAGGGCAACCGCUCCGACCUGGAGGAAGAGGAGGUCAUGGAGGACGAGGAGGAGGAAGGAGAGAAGGGCGCGGAGGAGGAGGACGACGAAGAGGAGGAUGAAGAGGAGGAGGAAGGAGAGGAGGAAGAGUACGAGCUGGAGGAAGGGGACCAGCGGGAGGGAAACGAGCAGAACGACUACGACACCCGCAGUGAGGCCAGCGACUCCCAGUCCGAGUCGGUGUCCUUCUCCGAGGGCGAGUCCGUGCACUCCGGAUCGGGGUCGGAUGCUUCAGGCUCCGAGAAAAAACAUGAGAAACUCCCUUCCUCAGUUCGAGCCGUGCGCAAAGAUCAGACGAGCAAGCUGAAGUACAUACUGAGGGACGCCAGGUUUUUUCUGAUUAAGAGCAAUAACCACGAGAACGUUUCCCUGGCCAAAGCAAAGGGCGUUUGGUCCACGCUGCCGGUCAACGAGAAGAAGCUGAACGCCGCCUUCCGGUCCGCCAGGAGCGUCAUCCUGAUCUUCUCCGUCAGGGAAAGCGGCAAGUUUCAAGGUUUCGCCAGGCUGUCGUCCGAGUCGCACCACGGAGGGUCUCCCAUUCACUGGGUCCUGCCUGCUGGGAUGAACGCCAAAAUGCUGGGCGGAGUUUUCAAAAUCGACUGGAUUUGCAGGCGCGAGUUGCCCUUCACGAAAACCGCUCACCUCUCCAACCCAUGGAACGAACACAAGCCUGUGAAAAUCGGUCGUGACGGACAGGAAAUCGAGCCGGAAUGCGGAACCCAGCUCUGCUUGCUUUUCCCCCCGGACGAGAGCAUUGACUUGUAUCAGGUUAUUCACAAAAUGCGUCACAAGAGGAGGAUGCACUCGGAGCCCCGCUCUCGAGGACGCCCGCCGCACCGAGAGCCCGCGCGCGACCCGGGAAGGCGUCGUCCCGAGGAAUAUGACAUGCACAACAGGAAACGACCAAGGAUUGACUAUCCUCCAGAAUUCCCUCAAAGACCAGGUUUCAUGCAAGACCCUCGUAAUCAACCUGUUGACAGACGGUUCUCUGGAGUCCGGAGGGAUGUGUUCCUUAAUGGGUCCUAUAACGACUACAUGAGGGAAUUUCAUCAUAACAUUGGGCCACCUCCCCCUUGGCAAGGAAUGGCACCAUAUCCCGGAAUGGAACAGCCCCCACACCAUCCGUACUACCAGCACCACCCUCCCCCUCCCCAAGCCCACCCUCCAUACUCUGGUCACCACCCCGUGCCACAUGACGCCAGAUUCAGAGAGAAACGUGUCGUUCGCUCCUUCUCGUCAAGCCUGCAUGAUUAUGAUAUGCGCGUCGAUGACUUCCUGCGACGCACCCAGGCAGUGGUGAGCGGGCGUCGCAGCCGCCCCCGAGAGAGAGACCGGCAGAGGGAGCGCGACCGCCCUAGAGAUGCUCGCCGGGACCGGGAGAGAGACCGUGGACGCGAACGCGAUCGUGAUAGGGACAGGAUUCGAGAUCGAGAGCGGGAGAAGGAGAGGGGGAGAUAUCGGAGAUAGAAACUGCUCUUGGGGAAUGUUGUUUGUGCUAAUUGAACUUGUAAGCCCUUUUUUAUUUUAAACUGAACUGUAUACCUUCUGCGCAAAUUGUGCCCUUUUUUUACACUGUUGUCUUUCGAGAGCCUAAAAGCCCCGUGUAUCAUGCAUGCAGUGUAACAAAACUGGAUGAAAACAACCAAAAAUGCAUAUUUUGUUUUAUUUUAUUUUUUAUUAUUGGAAGGGAAUGAUCUGUUUGCUGGAUGGAAUUCAAAGUAUGUUUUUUUAAGUUCCGUACACAUCUACCUGGUCCUUGCCUUUAAUGUUAUCAAGUCUUGUAGUUGUUGGAAAGAAGGGUUGCAACCCUGCACCUGCCACAGUGUCUGUAUUGUACGUAUUGCACAUGGUUCAAUGAAGAUAUUGCUACUAAAAUGUAUGCAGUUGUACUGAAACUGGCAGUGUUGUAGCAAGUACGUUUUUAUAUACUUUUUGUCUCAAGCCAUGUAUAUCCUAGUGUUUGAGUGACAAGCAAUAUUGACAUUUUCCUUUCUUUUGUCUCAAGUCCAAACCAAGGCUCCGAUGAGUGCUGUAUCUGUACAGUGACUUGCAAUCUAAAGACGUUUGUUGUUUAAAAAGACUAGCUGUAUCUUUUAGUGAUACUUUUGUAUAAAAGCAAACAAUAAAACAAAAGAAAGUC